UUCCGGUCUGAAGUGAUAGUGAAAUAAGAAUCAACAAAAGCAGCUUUAUAGUUUCACAAUGCGGGAUCCUAUGGACCGACGACCUCAUAAGCCAACAGUUAUAAAAUUAAGGAAGCAUCUGCUGGCUGAAGGAAGCAUGAAUCACAUGGUACCAGCAUUGUCUUCUGUUUCUUUUCGUUCUACACAACCUAUCCAAUUAGAUGAAGAAAUGGACAACAACUUCGAGUGGCUCAUUCAUUUUGAUCUACAUUCAAUACGGCUCUAUGAUAUCGAGGAACAACCUUUCAAUGAAGAACUUCGGAGAGACAAGCCUAAAGGCCAACCCAAGAAAUGUUCUGCUUUGAAAAAAAAUGUUCGACAUUUCUAUACCCAGAUGAUUACUGAGUGUUUGAAUGAAAUUGGCGAGGCAUCCGUGGAAAUGAUUUAUCAGUGGAUUCAUCAAAAAAGAUGUAUACCUCACCAGACGCAGCAAGCGAAUUGGAAGAAUACAGUUCGCCAUACUUUGUCCGUGUGCCCUUUAUUUGAAAAGAAAAAAAUAGAGAGGAAGAACGUUUGGUUUUUGAGCGAUACUUCCACAAAGGAAAUCAAGAACGAAGCACUCCAUCAGAAAGUGAAGCUGUUGAUCAGACGGGAGAAAGAAUUUAGAAUGACAGAGCAUAAAGACACCAAUUAUUUUCUUUGUCAACAAAAUGAAACCUCUUCGGAAAAUGCACUUGUAAGUUUCAUACCUGAAGCCUGGCCUCCAAGCAAUACAGAAUCGUUGGCAGAGGUUAGCAGCUCAACCCUCGAAUAUUUUGAACUUCAAGCGCCUGUGGGAACAGAAUUUCUGAUAGAGACUGACUGUACAGAACCUAUCGAAGUCACUUACUUGUUCAAUGAAAUAGAGGAACAUCAUAAAUAUUGAGUUAUUAAUUGUACACAUUAUUUGUUUUCCAUAAACGCACAUAUUUAUAUAACUCUAUCUAAAAAUGAUCUAAUGUCACUCCUAUUUUUAGACUUUUUUCUUUUUUUUAGCGCAUUUUCUUAAAUUUCGGAGUAUAUUUUUAAAUUUAUUUUAGGGCAUUUUCUUUACACUCCAGUUUUUUUUUAAUUUUAAAUUCUUAUUAUUGUAAUAAUAGAAAUUCUUUAAUGAAUUAAUUCUAGCAUAUUUGCAGUUUAUACAAUAUCUUCUGCAAUCUUAUUCUCUCUAUUUGUUUCAAACAUAGCAUAUUCAAAUGGCUCCUCUGUUUUUCUUAAUAUCGGUAUUUUAAUAUAUAUUUUUACUUGUACCGUUUUCUUACAUGAAAAUUGAGAAAAGAAAUAAUAAUUACAAAAUUAUCAGGAACGAAAUAAUAAUUCUCGUUUAAAUAUAAGGGUAUGGUUUUCUCUUAGAAGGGAAUUUUGCUAUGUUUUUAAGGAUGGUCAUUUUUAAGAGAUGAAAAACCGGGUUUUAGCUAUCACAUUUUUUUUACAAAAUGAUUGGUGUCUCUCGUUAUUCUCCUUAUUAUAAUUCUAUUUUUAUAUUUUGUCUUUAAAAAUAAAAUUAAAUGAUAUUCCAUGUAUUGAUGAGCACCGUAUUACCAUCAUACUUGUCAUAAAACAUAUUUUAUACAAAAUAAUACUGAAUUGAUACGCAUUGACUGAAUGCUUUACUGGAAUGUACAGCAGCAUGAUACAUUUAUAUCUUUUAUUCUUAAGUGUUAUAAUGUUAUUGUAAUAUAUCAUACCUGUAUAUCUUAUUUAUUUGUUAA